CAGGCCAACGGAGACAAGGUCCUGAGUAAGGAAAUACCAGACAUCGGGAAGGUGUUCAAGCUGGAGGUGAUGAUGGAGCAACAUCCCGACAACCUUUACCAGGAGCUGGUGGGCAACAUGGAGCAGAUGGGGGAGUGGAACCCCAAAAUCAAAGAGGUCAAGAUUCUUCAAAGAAUCGGCCAGGACACGAUGGUCACCCACGAGGUGCCUGCGGAUAACGUGCUGGGCCGGAGAGACUUCGUCAGUGUCCGAUGUGCCAAACGGAGAGGCUCCACCUGCUUCCUGGCUGCGAUGUCCACCAAACAUCCCACGAUGCCCGAGCAGAGCGGCGUGGUCAGGUGA